AUGAGUGACCCUACCUCAUCGGAGCCUGCUCCGACCUCGACCCAGAGUCUCAUACCGAGCGAAUGCCCUACCGAAGAAUUCCUCUAUCCCGGGUCCAAGGACAUAUUGUUGAUUGUCUACGUGUCGCUAGCCCUGGGAAUCUCCUCCUUCCUAUGCUUUUGCUUUUGGCGCCCACGAUGGAAAGCCUUAUAUACGGCGCGAAAGCGUCGCCUGCACUCCGAUGUUGACCUGCCGACCUUGCCGGAUGGCUUCUUCAGCUGGAUCCCUUCGCUUUACAAGAUUACAGAGGAGCAGGUGCUUGCCUCUGCUGGUCUAGACGCCUUUGUUUUCCUCAACUUUUUCAAAAUGUCAAUUCGCAUUAUUGCCAUCAUGGCCUUCUUUGCGGCUGUCGUUUUAGCGCCUAUCAACGAUCACUUCCUUCCCCGUAUAGAGCCCAAUCCCGGCGAUGGUGAUGGCGAGACGUCCAGUUUUACGACACAAUCCUCUGUUUACCUCGAUCCCUGGGACGAACUGCAUGCCGCCAUGGACAAGAAGGGAAAGAAAAACAAGGAUAUAAGUUACCUCUACGCCUACCUCGUCUUUACGUAUUUCUUCUCUACACUUGUCCUCUACAUCCUUAACAGGGAGACCGUCAGAGUCCUACGUGUUCGUCAGGAAUACCUCGGAACGCAGUCUACUGUUACCGACCGAACUUUCCGUAUUUCUGGAAUUCCGACCGACCUACGCGACGAAGGAAAAAUCAAGAACCUUAUCGAAAAGCUCGAGAUCGGUCAAGUGGAAAAGGUCAUACUCUGCCGCCAAUGGCACAAGCUUGAUGCCUUACUUGAGGAGCGCGACCGCUGCCUGAGGGAGCUCGAAAGAACCUGGAGCGAAUACCACAGGAAACUUGAGUCCACUAAUUCUGGCAUAUCCGGCCGCCUCGACGGAAGCGGCGAAGAGGGUUCCACGGACACUGGCGGCGGGGAUGCUUCUCCAGAUCCCGGACUGGAAGAGGCUGGGUACGGGCUUGAAGAACGGGAGCGGCCUAAGAUCCGCCUCUGGCACGGAUUUCUUCGUCUUCAGUCUCGCAAGACGGAUGCUAUCGACUACUACGAGGAGAAGCUGCGGCGUCUUGACGAAAAGAUUAUCGAGGCUCGGAAAAAGACGUACGAACCUGCCGACCUCGCUUUCGUCACGAUGGAUUCUAUUGCUUCGUGUCAGAUGGCCAUUCAAGCUCUGAUUGAUCCGCGGCCCGGGCGACUUUUGACGAAACCCGCGCCUUCACCAACUGAUGUUGUAUGGAAAAACACCUACGCCGCCCGCGGAGUGCGGAGGCUGAAGUCGUGGGUGGUCACCCUAUUCAUCACAGUUCUGAGUCUCGUCUGGUUUGUCAUCGUCGCCACGCUUGCCUCGCUCUUGAGCAUCUGCACUAUCAACAAGGCCUUCCCGAAGUUCGGGGAUUACCUCGUUCACCACGAAUGGAUCAGGUUUCUUGUGCAGACCGGCCUGCCUACAGGUGCCGUGUCAUUGCUCAACGUCAUGGUACCGUUCCUCUACGAUUUCUUGUCUCACUACCAGGGCAUGAUCUCCCGAGGCCAGAUUGAACUCUCAGUUAUUUCCAAGAACUUCUUCUUCACCUUCUUCAACAUCUUCUUCGUCUUUGCCGUUUCCGGGUCGACAACGCAGUUCAUUCCCGUGCUCUGGGGUGCUCUCGAUAAUACCCACGAGCUGCCCAAGCUCAUUGCGCGGUCGAUCAUGAACAUUGGCGACUUUUACAUUAGUUUCAUUGUCUUGCAAGGUGUUGGGCUGAUUCCUUUCCGUCUCCUCGAGCCUGGCGGUGUUGCCCUGUACGUCUGGGGCCGACUGACAGCCAAGACGCCGCGUGACUUCCACGAGAUGAAGGCGCCUCCGCUGUUCAGCUACGGAUACUAUCUGCCCACGGCUCUUCUCAUUUUCAUCCUCUGCCUAGUGUACAGCAUUCUUCAGAACGGCGUGUUGGUACUCCUCGCCGGACUCAUCUACUUCACCUUUAGCUACUUCACGUACAAGUACCAGCUGCUCUACGCCAUGGAUCAGCCCCAGCACGCGACGGGACAAGCAUGGCCGAUGAUUUCCUACCGCAUCGUGCUGGGGCUCGUCUUCUUCCAGCUGACGAUGGGCGGUGUCCUCGGUCUACACGAGGCCUUCAAGGCCGUCGUGCUCGUCAUCCCGCUCAUCGCCUUCACGGUGUGGUACGGCUUCUACUUUAAGCGGCGGUACGUGCCGCUGACGAAGUUUAUCUCUCUGCGGAGCAUCCGGGCGGAGAUCGAUCCCGAGGAUGCGGCGGCGGUUAACGAGGGGAUGUCGCCGAGUCGUCUGACGUUGGGGGUUCUUAGGAGGGGGAGCACGCUGGAUGAGGAGAGGGAGAAAGGCUUGGAGUAUGUUAAUCCAAGCCUCAAGAUACCUCUCGUCCAGCCCUGGAUAUACCAGGAUCCGCCUCCCGUCCUUGACGAGUCAACGUCAGGGACUCGCACACCUCUAGACAUUCUAGGACCCGAAACCCACAGCUCGACGAGCUCCCUGAGCCUAGGAGACACUCACAUCUGGAGGGAUGAGGGGGCUUAG